CUUUGGCGAAGUAGAAGAUGAUGAAGCGACACUUGUAUUAGAACUACAGGUGGAGGCUUUGUUGUCUUCGACAGCAUUGAAAGCUCAGAUCCAGAUGAGUGAAUGACUAAACUUGCGGCUCUUACUAGUUUCACCUCUUGACAACUAGUACGAAGACCUUUCCAAGAAAGCGAGCAAGUCCACCUCGCCAAGUUUCGCUGCAGCCCGUCUGCUCGUCGUCCUUCCCUCCCAACCAGCGUCAAACACAAACACCGUGCUCUAAGAAGAACAAUAUUGGUGGAGGCAAGAAAGCGAGUGACUCGCGGCUCUACUUCGGGGGCGAGGACGGAGGGCCACCUGCAAGAUGAAGGUGUGCGGUCAACUCUAAUUUCAUUGGUGACACAGCGACAGCGCCGGUUGUUCUUUUCGUUUGCGUAUCAUGCUCGUUGAAGCUAUAACGCAAAACGAAAACAUCAGUAGACAAAAUGGCUUUACCAGGUAAAUCGGUAACUACAGCUGGUAGAAGGGCUGCGAUCACGCAAGAACAUCUGCGCAAACUCAAACGCGCUUGCACUCCCGCGGUUCGAUCUGACGACAAAAUGGCGGGACGAGUAGUAUUAUCACCAGUGAAUUUACUCUUGACUCGUUGUUGUGGUCACCAAGUCAUUCAAAGCCGAACCAAAAAGCACUCAUUUUGUAUAUGCACUUCUCGGAUGGAACUGGAAGUGGAUGUGCAUGCAACAAGAGUACAAACAAGAGCCAGAAUAUAUUAACUAGCAAUAUGACACAUAUCAUUCAAUAUGACACUUGGCAACGACAGCGCAGCGAAACAUCAAAAAAGUAGCAUUCUCAUAUUGUAAUAUUGUCAUAUUGUCAUAUUGCAUAUUGCUCGCGGCAGCCCCUCGCGUGAAAAUUGGUCCUGUCCGAACUGCUUGCGGACUGUGCGGUCUUUAGGACCGCGCGCGCCGCUGUGCAGUUUGUGCAGAUACCAACUAGGCGCCUCCUAGGUUUGUCUCCCGAACAUGUUGGCAACGCCCUACAGCCUUGAGCGCACUCCUGGCGCGCUAUUGCUGGCACAGGCACUGUCUUUGCAGUUAGCGUGUCGAUUGCAACAACGUGUAGGCUGUUGUAGGCGCAGCAUCAGCGCAGCUUGCUUUUUCGGCAGCUAUUUUCGCGCCCAACCACCUGGCUAAGUAGCAUUGUGCUGAUAUAUAAUUUUUUUGCUUAUAAGGGUAGCUAAUCAAAGCAAAACUAGGCAAAACCACACUGAAUUUUGAGCAGUUUGCGUCUGUUGGUCUCCUAGGGGACUCGCGGCGACGAGUGGGCAUCCGGGGCGGAGCCCUUGCGUUGCAAGGCAGCUGGCUAACGGUGGGCGGCCGGCUAUCGACCGCCGGACGUUAUCGCCACCGCAUUAGUCGGGGAGCGAAGAUGGCCUGUUACUGCAUGCGACGGACGCUGCGCGUCAGGUCAUCUUCCGGUCCCCGAGGCCGAUGACUCCGGUCAUAUUGCUCAAAAAUCACUGGUCAUAUUGACAUAUUGUAAUAUUGUCAUAUGUCAUAUUGGUAAAAGUGCCAAAAUUUUGCUAGUUAAUAUAUUCUGAAGAGCCAAUUGCAUAGGAUAAUCGCCCGCACCUUGCUUCUGUUCCUGCUCGCGAUGGACAACUACGAUGGUCCUACUGACACUGCACCUCCUACCAGACAUUGGCGUGAGCGUGGCCUCUGGAUUGAUAAUCCCCAUGCAGUUUGCGCAGUCCGCCAGUGGCAGGCGUAUGUGGAAACUGCCCGCUUCGCUCGCUGGUAUAAAAGCAGAGUUGCUGUAAGACUAAGAGCACUAACAUCUUGAAUAGGAGAUGAGCAAGAGACUGUGCUGCAAUUAUGCUACUGCAGGUCGUGAAUGUAAUGUGUGUGCAAGUCACAAUCAAAUCCUGUAAAUGAUCAGGCGCUGCGACCUCCUGGGUCUACGGGUUUGACCACGAUGCAGCCGCGAACCACGGCCACAAUGCAGACACGAAAAGUUUUCAAAUUACGUCAGACGCGGAGGCAACGGAUGUCCCGGCGGACGAUGCGGAGGGAGUAGCAGGUCUUGUUCCCGGUGAAGAACAACUCUCCUUGUCGACUGAGGCUUCAUCUGGCGGGGCGGCAAGCCCUACGAGCCGUUCCUCUCAGCACCUUUCCACGGACAGCCACCAAGCAGCUGCGGCGGCACCAGCGGGUACUACUUGUUGCUUGAUUGAGUUUAUUGUUUUUUUGCAUGGUGCAGCCGUUGGUCGGAAGCGGAACAUGGAAUAUUUGGUUUGAUGUGGCUAUUGCGCAGCAACCAGACUCGGACUAGAGCUGUUGCUAGCAUGCUCCUAGAUCAAUGAGAUCCAUGAAUAGGCCAAAGCACACCCAUAGGUGUAGGAUGUAAAUACAGGGGUCACACCAGUAGGAUCAUGAGGAUCACCCACACAGGACACCACUAGGAUGGUGGUGAUGAUACCAAUGGACACAAUGUGAACAACGUACACAGUGCCAGAAUGGCUCCUGGUCAUAGUGCCAGUAGCCUGAUGAAACAAUUGCCCUGAACUCCGUAGCACCUAGAUAUUAGGUUGCUUAGUAGAUAGUGACUCUGUUCUCUAGCUUAGGACAGCAUGCUAGUGAGCAUGCCUCGUCCCUGACGCUUGACACGUCCACAGAGUUAUGAGCCCAAAGAGUUCCCCUAUUGGGAACGGGUAAGAACUACCAGAAGCCCCCACCUAUCCCUGCAUAAGAGUAGGGAAUGAGCUCCCCAAGCUCGUGGCUGUAGUCGCCUCCUUGUGUGGCUAGUCCGCACCUGGAGAGCCAUCAAAGCGCAAAGCGCUGGAAAGGGCAAAAGCCCACUCGAGUAGCGUCUGUCGAUGACUUUCGCUGCUACGAGUGUGGAAGGCAAAAGUAAAAGUAGCAACACACACAUGGCGGCGCAGCAGCGACGUCCAGGGUGUUGCAGUGCGUAAAUGUUGCCGCAGCUAUCGGUAGUUGCGCGCAACUCGAGCAGUCAGUGCCGGUGCAAGUAGCAGCAGCUACUCCAGCACACAGCACAGCUCAAGCACCAAGUCCGGGGAGUCCCCCCGAACGCAAGAAGAACGAGAUCCGCCCAGGAUCUCGAUCCAGGAUGCAGCACAGGCUGCAAGGAGCGGCUGCAGAUGCAGCUGCAAGCAGUUCAGUAUGCGGGUCACGUAUAUUGUGUUUUGGUUUUCACUCCUAGUAGAGCAAGUAGCUUCUGUGGCUUUUCAGUUUCGAGUAGGAGUAGAAAAGUGUGUACGAGGAACUAUCAGGGUUCUUUAAUUUGUUGAUGCACACCUAUCAGCAAUUCCAAAUAGUGUCGCAGGGUUCACGCACCCGGGCACGACGCGCAACUCAUCGAGGGACGCCUCGCGCGCAUACACGGCCAGGCAUCAUCGCCUGCCGUGUUCGGUUUGAAAAUCUACUUUGGUAAGGUAUUCCGUCUUGCAGAUUCGCGAGACUGCCUGCCAAGAACACAAGCCCAGCAGGGUGCUGGUUGCACAAGAGCCGAAGGCCGCAAGCCUAGCGGCACAGCCUGCCGGGAGCGCAGGCACGGGCGCCGACAAGUUCGGCGCGCAGCGCAACCGAGGUUGCGAAGUAGAGAAAGUUGAUCGAUGCUAGUGCAGCAUCGGUUGCAAAUUGACUCUAGAAAAAUAAAAGAGUCUACUGUCGGUUUACAGAACGAAGAAUCUGUAACAUAAUACAGCCUGAAGCGCGUCAGCAUCGCUGUGCAAGACGUUGCUUCUGUUGCUGUUAGGCUUUGUUUGAAAUAAGGCAAGAAAAGGCUGCGCCCGGCUCAGUCGCUUGGCUAAUGCCAAAGUGUCGAGCCUGGUCACAUCUUCGUGAAGAAGAUGCAGAUGGAACAUCAUCCCCCUCUGCUGAUAUAUUCUCACCGCUCUCGGAACAUGGUGCAGUCGUUGGUCGGAACAUGGAAUAUUUGGUAGAGAUAGAAAAGCUUAGUUGUUCUCUAUCGCUGAGAGAUGCACUUCGUCAGCAUCUAAGAUAAAGAUAUUCGACAGAAGCAAGUAGGUUAGGUUAGCGCUUUUGCUCGUACAGAACCACAACAAUCUCUGCCCUAACCGCUCUGUGCUCUGGAGCCGGCUAAGGGAAAUCAUUUGGGGGGGAGAGCAGGGAAAAAGGGUCGAUAGCUGCUGGGUUUUUUUUUUUGAAGCUCGGUCGGGGGGGGCAAGGGUUUCAGGAUAGGGUAAAGGGUUUUAGGGAGGUAACUGGGAGAUGCAGGGUGUAACUCCGUGUUUUCCUGCGUUUCCCGGUGGCGUUUGCGUACCGCUACCAGAGCUUCGGCUCAGGUGGCGCAGGCAGGAAGGGCAAGAAGAGGAGUCUUGCUUAGGACCUGCCAUUUCUAUGGCGCCUGUUCUGACGCAAGGAAGGGCAAGCAGAGGCGGCUUGUUUAGGACCUUGCGGCUGUGCGGAGGCUGACGGGAGCAUUACGGAUGAGGAGGUAGUUUUGCUCCAGUCUGAAGCCAGGACAGAAGGAAGGCUUCGGCAGUUCUUCUACCUGGUAACUCCCCGAGCUUGGCCGUUCACUACUAAAACGGGCGGUGUUUGUUCGUCAAGCUCUGGUGGCGACUAGUUGAGACACUGGUUGCCAGCUAUUUACAAGCAGGAACAUAGUUAGUAUGACAAACAGUUACUCGCUCGCCUGAAGAAGCGAGCACACAAUUUUUUUUUUGCAUGGUGUAUGCAUUGCAAAAGUAUCGUACUCGUAUAAAUGCAUUACAAAUUUCCUCAGCAUGAGAAAUAAAAUUUGUAAUGCAGAUUUGCCUUGCAAACAAGAUUUGUAAUGCAAAACUUGCAUUAGCAUUUGUACGAGUGCGAUAUGGUGCAGCCGUUGGUCGGAACAUGGAAUAUUUGGUUUGAUGUGGCGGUAUGGAUGUGUCAGAGUUGAAAUCGACAAAGUUGAAAUAAUUUGCCAUGCAUAAAAUGGAUGCCAGUUGGAACCCAGUUUUCAAGUGGCGCAUGACAACUUUCGGUGGUCCCUAAAUCCAGUUUGUCAUGCUGUUUAGGCAAAGAAGAGUGAUUUUCUCAUGCUACUUUAGCAGCUCGAGCUGUAACCCCAAACAGGCUUACAAUCGGCCUCACUUGCCUGCUCUGCAACACACGCACCCCGGGCCAUGCAUUUUAUGCAUUACAAAUUAUUUAUUUCAACUUUGACGAUUUCAAACCUGACGCUUCCAUAGGCGGUAGCGUCGUGAUUCUAUAAAUUCAGAAGUAGCCUCUCCUAUCGCAGUCCUCACAACUCAGGUAUUGGCAUUACGUGGUCAUCUGAAAUUGAAUCUGUCGCCACAUCAAGCGGUCUACUGGAAAAAAUGUCCGUUAAGCACAAACCCGUACACCCCCAUCACACCGUGCACCACAAUACCCCCGGCCACCACGGCGAGAACCACAGCGACCAUCCCCACGACAACAACCACGGCGGCCCCCACAGCGACCAUCCACACGGCAACAACCACGGCGGCCACCACGGCGACCACCAGGAGCACGGCGGCCACCACGGCGACCACCACCACCAAAAGCACGGCGGAGACCACAAAAAGGAAGAGCAUCAGGAGAUUUAUGACUCCAAGUUUCUCCUGGAAACUAGCCAGACUUGGAAAGUUCCGUGCUACGAUCAGUCCGACCCGGAAAAGCAACUGGACAACAGCCACUAUUGCAUCGUAACAAUGAAUAUGGACUGCAUCAGAAGUAGUGUAGCCAAUAAUGUACAUCAGCUCCUCCGUGCUACGGAAGCAAGCGUCACCAGGCUCGAAAUAAAAAUUGACAAAGUUGACAUAGAUUCAAAGUGCAUAUAGCACAACGCACGACAAGAUGCCACCUGCUUUCUGCUUUGGAGAGCAGGCAAGUGUUGAGCGCGAAGAUGGUAGUCCUGUUGCGGGUUAGAGAUUGAGCUGAGAAAGAGCGCAACAACAAGAGUGCUGCGCGUUUCUCCAAAGAGAACGCCUGCGGCAAGUCACUCAGCCGCUUCAGAGAUUUACCGCGCGCCGCUCAGAAAUUGAAAUGGUACCCAUUUCGAUUUCUUGAUGCGUCGCUAAAAAAUGUUUGACCUUUAUUGUCAUUUUGUUUCGAGCCUGGCUUUCCCAUAGGUGCCCGGCUUCGCGUAAAGCGAGAGAGUAGUCAGUGCAGUUUGUGUGUGUAUAAUAAGGUAAAGAACGUAAAAGGCGUCGACACGUCCACGACAGCUUAUCGCAUGUUUGAUGCGCAGUAUCAUGUUGACGCUUGACAUGAAGAGGAUAAUGUUGAUGUACUAUUAAAAGAACAAGUGCGAGCACUUCGGUGGCGUUGCAUAAUUAGAAUUCCGAAGGGAGAUCAUGUGAUCUCGAAGAUAUCGCCCGAACAACAUGUGGAUCCGAACCCGAAGCACAACAAGCACGCCACCGACCCGCUCAGCCUUGUCCGAUCGGGAUUUUGUCCAGCACUAGGGGGGUCGGUCUUGUAUCGCGGGGCGGAACACGCCUACAAGAGCGUUCUGGACGGUAGUUGGAAUCAACCCGGAAAGCCUAAGGGAAGUUCAAGUUCUGCUAAGUCGAUGGUGCCGCAUCACUGCUAUAAGAAUAAUGAUUGGUACGACCCGAGUAGCAUAGCGAACCAUGUGAGAGGAACAGCCGGUAAAUUUUUUCACGGCGUGAGUAGAAUAUUUGCAAAUGACCAUGAUGAAGCACACAGACACGACUACGCAGGCUGUUCGUGCCGUGCGCUGCAUUGGGACAAUGAAGCAAACAAAUACUCAUAUGAGGUGGGUGCGAGCUCGACCUGGGGGAACUGGGGUGGGUCUUGGUUCACUGGUGGCAACAACCACAGGGAUAAAGACCAUGAUGGAGUCGUGGAUCAUGAGAUGAAUCAUGAUGAUGACAUGAUUUAAUUGGAUCCGCUCCGGCUUCUAGCGUACCCGCUUGCGCUCCCUUUCGCACAAUAACAAUCGUGUGUCUGAUGUUUAAAAAAAGAGCGUGCAAAAAGCAAAAAAUAAAGGGUGUGGCUUCUAUGUGGACCACGAGCACGACCACAAGCUGCUCCUGCACCUGCUAC